AUGUGGUCCUUCAUGCAGCGUCGUCAUAUUGUCAGGCGGAUUCAGCAAGCCGGCAAUUCAAAGCCCAGCGUCCUUGAGAAGGGAAACGCCCCGACGACGCGGGACAGAGAAGGUUCUCUUCCAAGUCGCGGGACCGAGGCUGGUAGCGAAAAUCACUCCGCGAUGGGACAUGAAGAGGCAUUCAUCGUACGCAGCUCGGGGGAAGACGAUCCCCUCGAUCCAUUGAACUGGCCCUUACUGUCUAGGGCCAAAAACAUUGCAAUACUCUGCUUCCUUAUCUUUGUGCAGGGCUGGGCCGGCGCCGCUGAAUCAAUGGGCAAUUCUAUAAACAGUCAAAGGUUCCACGUUAGCCCGACAGCAGAGAACCUGGCCACAGCAAUGUAUCUGUUCGGUGUGGGAUCGGGUACGUUCUUCGCUGGUCCCAUCUCAGAAAGCGUUGGCAGAAACCCAACGUAUCUGGUGUCGACUUUCUGCUAUCUUUGGUUCGUUCUCGGGUCCGCUUUAACAGAUUCAUUUGGUGGGCAUAUUGUGUGCCGUCUCUUUGUUGGUUUAUGGUCUAGUGCUACCCUCAGCAUCAAUGGUGCGAGCGUAAGCGACCAGUUUCGUCCUGUUAAGAGGGCAUUUGUCUUUCCUAUUGUGGCUUGGGCGAACGUUGCAGCCCCAGUCAUCGGACCUAUAGCAAACGGUUGGAUAGUCUCUACUCCCGGCUUGGGCUGGCGCUGGACCGAGUGGGUGACCUUGAUCAUUUCCUCCACAGCGUUCCUCAUUGCCUUUCUAUUUCUUCCAGAGACCUAUUUGCCUCUUUUAUUAGACUGGAAAGCCCAGGAGCUUCGUCGCAUCACCGGUGAUACGCGAUAUACUUCUGAAUUUUCCCAAAAGUCUUCAACUGCGGCCCGAAUUCGACGGAAUAUUACCCUUCCAGCUAUCUUCUUCCUCACUGAGCCUAUUAUUAUUGUUCUUGGGUUUUACCUGGUUUUACUCUACAUUCUGCUCUUCACAUUCCUGUCAGGUUUCGACUACAUCUUCAAGCAGACCUACCAGUUGACGGAUGGACUCGAAGGAUCAUGCUUUGCCUCCAUAGCCGCCGGGGUAACCGCAUUUACUGUUUCAACCCCUGCUCUGUAUGCUUGGGCUCGCUGGCAAACAGAAUAUGUCAGAGGAGCGCCUAUUAAGCCUGAAUUCCGACUAUGGCCUGCUAUAGUCACCGCUCUGCUUCUUCCCAUAUCCUUGUUCUGGCUGGGCUGGACCAACUACCCGAGCAUAUCGAUUUGGAGUGGCCUCGCUGCAUGCUUUAUAUUUGGAAUAGUAUUGAUUGCCAUCUAUAUCAGCAGUUAUGAGUACAUCACCGACAGCUACCUAGAUCAUGCAGCUUCUGCUCUAGCAAGUAUUACUAUGCUCCGAUACUUUAUUUCAGGGGGUAUGGUUAUGGCCGCACGGCCAAUGUACAACGGGAUCGGAGUCCAUUGGACAUUGACUUUGCUGGGAUGUAUCGCUGCUCUUCUGGCUCCCGCGCCAUUUCUUUUCUGGAUUUAUGGUCCCAAACUACGGAAGAAGAGUUCUUAUGCGAUGACCGAUAACGACCCCACAUAG